GGCUGAUGUGUUGUUCGGCAUGAUGGACUUUGUUUUUUGGUUCUGUGCUGACGCAUGCUGACGCUCUUCGACCACAGCGGCUCGACGGCAGCUGCAAAAUAGACAGAGGACCUGUUCUACUCGCACAUGACCAGUGGGUGAGGGGUGUGCUAUCGCUGGAGUUCUUAAAUUUUAAAAAAAACAUAAUUUGCUGCUUGAGAAGAUUCGGUGAUUUGGGGCUCAGAAGAUACGAACCCGUUACUAACCCAUAUCAAUCAUCCACUGCUGCUAUCUGCUGCUCGCAAUAGGAUAGACCCAAGAAACAUACAUUUUUCCAAGUCCACCAGCCUUCUGCACCAGUCGUUCUGAACUGCCGCGGCCCUCCGCAGCCAUCGGCCCACCGCCCAUCGGACGAUCGCCUCGUGGAUCGGACAGCCCGAUGACGUUCGACGUGGUCGUGCUGGGCGCGACGGGCUUCACCGGGCGCUUGGCCUGCGAAUAUUUGGCUCAGCGGGCCCAAAAAGGUGAUGUAAAGCCGGUGAGCUGGGCGAUGGCUGGGCGUGAUCUACAGAAGCUGGAGGGCAUCAAAGGAGAAUUGCCCGAGGUUGCCAAAGAGGUUCCCCUCUUGAAGGUGGAUGUGAAGAAGAUAGAAGAGCUGAAGGAGAUCGCCAAGAAGGCCAAAGUGAUCUUGAACUUCGCUGGCUCACCCUAUGCAGACAAGGCCCUGCCAGUGGUCGAAGCUUGCGCUUCCAAUGGGUGCUGCUAUGUCGACAUCACGGGAGAGGCGCCCUUCGCGAAGACCUCGGCCGAGCUCUACGACGCCAAGGCCAAGGAGACCAAGUCCUUGAUUCUGCACAUGUGCGGCUUUGACAGCAUCCCCUGCGACAUCGCAGCCUUCAUGGUGGCCAAAGAGAUGCGAAAACGCUAUGGCAUGGGCUGCAGUAAGAUCCGUGCGGCGGUGUUGAAGACCAGUGUUGGUGUCAGUGGAGGUACCAUCUACAGUGGCAUUCAUAUGCUUACCACAGACCAAGAGAACGCUGAAGCUUGGAAGGACCCUUAUGGCAUGGAGCCCCCCGGCGGUUUGCGCGGCCCGGACCGCUGCGACGGGGGCGACACAAACCUGCCACGCUGGGAUGAGCUGAACGAGCGCUGGGUGAUGAUGAGCCCGCUCUCGAACCCUAGUGUUCGCACUGUGCGGCGGAGCAACGCCCUGAUGGGCUACGAGUACGGCCAAGGGCUAAGCUAUGGUGAAGGGAUGGCAGUCCCAGGACCUGUCAGUGGCUGGCUGGGCACAACUGCCAUGGGCAUGGUGGUUCUGAGCCUGGCACUCUUCCCCACGCGCUGGGCCUUGCAACGCUGGGUGCUGCCGGCGCCGGGGCAGGGGCCUUCACGAAAGACUUUGGAGGAAGGCUAUUUCACGGUUCGAACGGUGGGCCGUGGUGAAAAAGAGGUGGAUGGCAAGAAUCCCACGGUGGCGGCGCAGGUGCAGAGUGGCUCUGGGGGCGACCCGGGCUACAAAUGCACCGCGCUGAUGGCGGUCGAAAGCGCCUUAUGCUGCGCGUUGCAGCGCUCUGCCUGCGCUGAGGGUGGUGUGCAUACGCCGGCCAGCGGCUUGGGGCAAACCUUAGUGGAUCGCCUGAACGACGCAGGGAUGAAGCUCUUCGUCGAGCCGCGAACUGAGGUCCAGGACGUCCAUUCUCUUUUUUCCCCACACGCCGUGUGGACACACAGGGGCAGGGGUUCUUACGGGUCCAGGAAGCUGAUGCUUAGAUAUGCUUAGAUCGUUGUUCUUCUUCUUCUUUUUUUUUGGGGGGGGAUUAUAUAAGCAAAUUUGAAGCAAACACAUGCCCCAUCGCGACAUUGGUGUCUAUUCGGCAUUGCUUUGAAGAGGUUUGAAGGCAGAGGUCUUUGCAACCUUGGUGGGAGUCUUGGUGCCCAAUGCUCAUUGCAACGAUGGCAUGUGUGUCGAUCUUAAAGCCUUCACAAAGACCGACCGUGCACUUGGUUGCGGAAGUAGGAGGUUGUUCUGGCCGAAGGGUAGAAGAAGAUUGAUUGACGAGCUGAACUAUGCUGAACUCGAGCUGGUUGGAAAAUGGAAUUGAUUGGCGCCAACACCUGAACUUGAGGAGGUGUUCGGAUCACUAUUAAUUUGGCAUCCAAGGCCAUGAGCUGAACUAGCUGUCAGGCAAGGCGGAGGGUCGAAGUUCUUUGGCUUGCUCUUGCAAACUGGCAGGUUGACGCGAUUCGGUCGUGCUUUUUGAAAAGCUUGCCUUCACAAAGUGUUGAAACUGUCGUUUCAGAAUGUGAAAUGUUCAAAGCAGCAUGGCUUCAGCUUGACCUUGACACCCUUAUGGAUCCAAAGCUUGUGGCCAGUGAGAUCGUCUUUGGUGGUCCAUGUUGCGGGGCCAGGUGGGCUCCAAUUUUCGCCUCGACAGAACGAGGCCCUUUGUUGUACAGUCCACUCCGCACCACAGCAGAGUGCGGGUGAAGCAGUGUGGAGCGGUUGGAGGUCAACAGGAUGUGCUGAUCCACUCAU